GUGCUGUACUCGGAAGUGAACUGGAAUGAAGAGAGAAGGACAGUGAAAGCAGUUAAAGAUAGGUGAGAAAAGAGGCUGAGCUGCUUCAAACUCAUAUUAGACCCGAGAUAAACUUUGCUGCCUGUACACUGUUGUUUUAGUGUUGAAGGCGGUACAGCUCGGUGUAGGUGUUCUUAAGUUAGCAUGCCUGCUAAAGCAAAACAGCAUCGUAAAUGAAGAGAUUAAACAGAUAUAAAGGUUAUUAAACAUAAACAUUCACAAAAACACAAUCACGUUAUGUAAACCCUCAGUCGGCAGCAGUUGAGGAGUGGAUGCUCAUACACUUUAUCAGGACAGAGAGUUCAGAAAUUGCAGUAUAAUCUUCAGGUUCAUCAAACAUCAACCAAGCUCUAAGAUUAAUCAUCACAAAAUUGAAACAAAAAGUUUUUGAAAAGGGAGCUGCUCCAUGAACAUGUUCAUCAAGUGACUUUAUCAAAGGGGGUUCAGAAUGCUGCUGUGAUUUGGAAAUGUCCAUCUCUGAUCGUCUGCAAUGCUGGACAUGCUGAAGGCCCCAUAUAGUGUUUCAUUUGUAAAUAUGAGACAGCUGUUAAAACAAUGCAUGCAUGGUCCAAGUCUGCUGCCACCCUGAAGCUCAUGAUGGAUGUUUCCAUGUCUGUCUUAAGUGUGAGGGAGUGAACCUGUGGAUAUCUGACCAAGAUGGAAGACGACAUGGCCAUACAUUGGGAGACAGUAGAGGAAAGCACUGACUGUGGUCCGCCUGCCGCUUCUCUGGGCAGUCCAGGUCAUGGAAAUGACAGUCAUGUGACGCCGCCUCAGGGACCUGAGUGUGAACAUGAGGCGUUCGAUGAAUUUGAUUGUGAAUUCCCUGAGGAAGACUUUGAUUUAGAAGUAGACGAGAAUGAAGAACAAAACACCACAACUAAGGAUCAGGUGGAAGAUGGGAGUGCUGAAAAGGAAAAAUGUGAAAGAGGAGGGAAAAAUGAAUUGGAGAAUGAGUUGAGGGGCAACGCGGAGUCUAGAUCCCGCAAUGCUGGAAUCGGGAGGAAAGGAAAGGUCAAGAAGAGUGGCUCGGCGCAGGGGCCUUGUGAUCAAACACCAUCGUGGACAUCUUCCACGUCUCAUAAAUCCUUCUUUGCAUCCUCCGGGCCCAGCAGAUACAAGCAAGUGAAGCGACGGAACCAGCAUCUGCACAAUCACAGCCGUGCACGAAGGAAAAACGGGAUCCAGCCGUUGGUCAUGGUGUGUCGGGAUUUCCUAGCGGAAUUUGUCAGCCCCUGGUGCAUUUCCUGCAUCCAUAUGGUUGUCGAACUCAUCAUCUCUUUGACCCACCGCUGUGGAGUUGCUGUGGAAUCGUCUGGAAUUGCGCUAUACGACUUUGGAACACGCAUGCUUUGCAAGGUCUCAGAUAUUCCAGGCUUGACUCAAGAUUUGAGGCGGUUCCUGGACUGGAGCUGGUGUUCAGCUGUAGCUUUAAAAGAAGGCAUCGGCAGGACUUUGUGUUGGGCUCGACACGCUCUUCUUUCCAGUUUGAGAUUUGUUGGUGCCACGCUAAACGCAGGCUCUCAGAUGAUGAGGUGUGUCAUGGGGAGGCUGGCGGGAGAGAGGGGCAGGAAAUGGUGGCUUGCCCUCCAAAGCAGCAGGGUUUGGAGGAAAGUGUCAGAUCUGACCGUGAGGAUUCACGGGUGUUUCUUUAAACAAGGUGGCAUGAAUGAAAGCUCAAAUCCAGAGUCUCCCAACAGGGGGGCAGACAAGUGGCAACCUGGCGAAGAGCUGCAGAGACUGCUGGCACUAGCCAAGAUCCCUGAAGAGGAGUUGGACCCAUUUAACGUUCUUGGAGUGGAUAUUCAUGCCACCGAAUCUGAACUCAAGAGAGCUUACAGGCAGCUUGCAGUACAGGUUCAUCCCGACAAAAACAAGCACCCAGGUGCUGGUGAGGCCUUCAAGGUGUUAAGAGCAGCAUGGGACAUCGUCAGUAACCCAGAGACACGGCGAGAGUAUGAACUGAAGCGUAUGGCAGCUACAGAGCUUUCAAAAUCCAUGAAUGAGUUCCUGACCAAACUACAGGACGACCUGAAAGAAGCCAUGAACACAAUGAUGUGCACUAAAUGUGAGGGCAAGCACAAGCGCUUUGAGAUGGACCGUGAGCCUGGCGAGGCCCGAUUCUGUGCUGAAUGUAAUAAAUGGCACAGUGCCGAGGAGGGAGACCUGUGGGCUGAAUCUAGUAUGCUGGGACUGCGCAUCACGUACUUCGCCUUCAUGGAUGGCAAAGUCUUUGACAUUACUGAGUGGGCAGGCUGUCAGCGUAUAAGCAUCUCUCCAGACACACAUCGCGUGCCAUAUCAUAUCUCUUUCGGCUCUAAAGGUAGCAGCGGCGCCAGCCGCCACAGAUCCGCGCCAGAUCAUGCAGCAGGUGGCGGCUCACCUGCGGACCUGCAGGACUUCUUCAGCCGCUUCUUCCAGGGCGGAGCUCCCAGUGAUGCAUCUGCUAACGGAGGCUUCUUCCCAACGGGAAACCCGCCGCCUCAUGCCUCUGCAGCAGCUGCAGGGACUGCAAACAUGUUUUCAGGGUCGUCUCCACAAACAGGGUUCUUUAGCCCAGGGGCCCAGCGGAGCGACCCCAGCGAACACUGGACUGAAGGAGGAAAACCCCCGCGCCGGCGCAAGAAAGUUCGCAAGCCAUUCCAGCGCUGAGAAACGUAAAAUUAGGCAGAGGUGGAGCGCUGUCUGUUGCCAUGCUGUGACAUGAUAUUGGCCAACUAGUGCAUCAAAACGAGGACAAAAUCUUUUGGCCUCGUUUGAACAUUCAGUGUUGGUGCUUUGAAGCUUCCUGAUACAGAAUGAAAUGGCAUUGAAUUUCAUCGAGGAGCAAGCGAAAAGAGACGCAAGAAGAAGAUCUUGCCGUUUCAUGUUUGAAGUUCUUUUUUUGUUUUUUUUAUCUCUUGUUUUGACACAAAUUAAUGUACGUUCAAGCAUUUGAAAUCACACUCUUUCAAGAAACAGAAGGACUCGUGCUUAGAGACUCCUGGUGUAUCUGAAGAAUAUUUGACCCAACGUUAAAAAUGGACUAUUUACUCACCAUCAUGCAGUUCCAAACCUUUAUGCCUUUUGUUUUUUCAUUGGAUUUUCUCACAGCACAAGAAGAACAGAAAAUACCCAACAUCGUAAACGUAGUCCAUGUGACUUAUGUUUUCAGAUGUCUUGGAAUAGCUUUGUGUGACGACCCAAACUCAAGCUGUUCAUUGAUCAUGUUCUUCUCCAUCAUAACUAUCUAUUUUGGCCCAGGUUUAAUGCAAUGGUCAUGGGAUACAUGACAACCAAUGGUGUUUAGGGAGAAAGAGGUCAAAGCUUUUGUAGGCAAGGUUUCAGUGGAGGGAUGAAUAGCAGUGAAUAAUAACUUUGCUUUUGGAAAACAACUGCAUGAAGAUUCUAAAAAUUGUCCUUUUGUGUUCCUCUGGGAAAAAAAAAAAUCACAGCAUCAGAGUUUGGAACAACAUGAGGGUAAUGAUGAUCCAUUUUUAACCAGUUUUACUUUAAAAAUGUCUGUGUUUUUGCCAGGCUUGAAUCUGAUGGAAAAUGUUGGCGAUGUGGCUAAAUGUUUUGCGAUACGAUCACAUUAGGAUUAAUGUAUAAAUCGCACACAGACCUCAGGGAUGACUUUCUCUUCAUCUGCUACUAGUAAGAGAACAGGAAGAACAUGUAGCUGAGAUUUCCCAAUGUUCCUGGGUGUAUUUAGAGCUCAUGAGAUCCUGAGGAUACCAGUUAUUCAAGCCCCAGAAUUCAACAGUUCAACAUUAAAACCUGUUUGUUUUCUUCAGGUGGAUAGUUGUUGUUGGGUUUUUUUUUCCAUUGUUUAAAUCACUUCACAUAGAUUUACAAAUAUUUUAAUUAAAAAAUGACAGGAUAUGGGUUAGUAUUCUUGAGACGGAUCAACUGCUCACAUGAUUGAAUGAAACUUUGAAUCAGAAGAUGGAAGAUUCUAGUGGGAUUUUCCCAUCAAAUGCUCUGCCUGCUUCAUGGAUCUGUUGACUUGUUCGCUUUAGGUUUUGCUGGAGCUGCAGGAGCCUCCAUAGUGUUGUCAAAAGUACUGACUUCUAUACCAAAUCGGUACUGAAAUUUAAAAAUGUUACGCUUUGAGCGCUGUUGAGCGGAUUCAUAAACACCUCUGAUUGGCCAUUGUGUUCACACACUUAGCUAUAUCUGUUAUUGGCUACAAUGAUCAACGCACUGGAGUGUUUGAAAGCGCACAGAAGUGUUUGAAUUUGAAAGCAUUUUGACCGGUCCACUGACCGCCUGCUUUCAAACGCUCUCGUGUGUAUGUGUAAGUGCUCUGUGAAGAGCGUCAUUGAUGUCUAUUUACAACAUGUUUUUGAAGCGUUGAUCAUUGUAGCCAAUCACAGAUAUAUCUGUUGAGCGUGUGAACACAGUGGCCAAUCAAGUGUCUACGAAUCCGCUCAACAGCGCUCCAAGUGUCAUAUUUUUAAAAUUUCAGUAGUGACUUGAUGCCCAAGUCGGUACUUUUGACAACUCCACUCCAAUGUGCGUUAUAUUUAGAGUGAGGAAAAAAAACACAUCAAAAUUUAAGUUACUUAAAGCACAAAUGAAAUCGUGUAGACCUUAAAUGUCUGCAUGCAUAGAUUUUGAAGUUAAGUUUAAAAAUGGGUUUUGAUGUGAAAAUCCCAGAGCCUCCCUUUAAGAAGUCCACUUUUAAUUUUUGACCACUUCUUAACACUCAGGAAUCAUCUUAAAAGAUUUCAUUCAUCUGCCAACAGAUUCAUUAGUGUCCAAACCUGAUGUCUUUGUUCAGUUUUUUCUUUAUUUGUACAGUAGGCCCAAUAUGAGUUAAGACACGGACAGCUUUGCCUCUGUUCAGCUGAAACAUACCAAUGCAUAUGUGUUCAUGAGUUCUCAGAGAUGCUUUCAUGUUCAGUUUUAAUUCUGUUAAAUGCGCUUAUUUAACGAUAGUCUUUAAAGAAAACGAUCAAUUCCAAGAAUAAAACGAUUUGAAGAGGCUGUACUUUCCAGAAAUUAAAUGAAAUUGUUUUUGUUUUUUUGCUCUUUGUCAGGCCUGUCACUCCACUGUUAAAAGAGUAGCGAUGGAUAUAAUGGUUUAAUGUGGUUACUCAAUUAUUUAAAAAUUGUGCAUGAUAAAUUAGCAGCACGUUUACCGAUGAAAUGAUCUUGAAGGCUAAAAAUGACUAACUACACUGUAACAAUAGUUGACCCGAACUAAAUCAAUGGUUGUUUCCAUUAUCUUUGGGGUAAAUUUCAGUUUUGUAAAUGUUUACCUUUCAUCAGAUUUUUCAGGCUGAUAUUUUUGGCUUUACAGCAGAGUCUUUCUGUUAAUGCCAAGUAUUAUUUAAUUUCUAUUCACAGCUGAUAAUUGAAGUGGCAUACUAGAAAUAAAACAUUAGACAGUU